GGGACCUCUGCUGCAAUAGUGCAACUUAUCCAACAUGGCGCUGACGUCGCUCGCAUGAGAGGGAACUGUUGGAACAGCACUUAAGUUCGGUCAGCGUCGAUUGUUUUAUCCAGCUAAGAGUACUUUGAGGUACACCAGCGUCGUCGCAGCCGUCUGCUGUUUGAAAUGAAAGGGAAGGAGCGAUCGCCGGUGAAGAAACGACCCCGGGCAGACGACGGCAGAGACCGAGGAGGAGGAGGAAGCUACCCAAGUAACAAGAAGUCCGGGCCGCUCUCAGCCGGCGGCAACACGGGCAACGGCUCGGCUCAGAGAGGCCUGUCAUCCAGGAGGAGCUUACACGGUGAGAAAAAAGACACGAGGGACUCGGACGGACACAAUUCAUCCAGUCGGACUGGUAGCGGCUACGACUACGGGGCUGCUUCGGCUAACAAGUCGCACGGUGGCGCUGACGUCGCCGCGGAAACAUCCAGGUCCGGUUCACGCGGCGACCCGCGGCCUCCGCCGAACCCAGGAAGUGAGUACAAGACUCUGAAAAUAAGCGAACUCGGCUCGGAGCUGAACGACGAGGACAUCGAGGACGGGCUGUUCCACGAGUUCAACAAGUUCGGGGAGGUGAGCGUCAAAAUUGGUCGGGAAAACGACGAGCGGGUGGCGUUUGUGAACUUCAGGAGGCCCGACGACGCCCGCGCUGCGAAGCACGCGCGCGGCAAGCUGGUGCUGUACGACCGGCCGCUGAAGAUCGAGACCGUGUACAUGAACAAGCGCAGGAGCCGCUCGCCCCUAAAUAAAGACGAUUUCCCUCCGGCACACAGGAACCUCCACUCCCAGAGAGCCCCGUCUCCCACCGGUCUGGGCUACAGAGACCACCGGUUACAACAACUGGCCCUGGGCCGCCUCCCCCCUCCUCACCCGCCUCCUCACCCACCUCCUCACCUCAGAGAAAUGGACAGAGACAGAGACUUUGCACUGUACGAGUCCAGAAACAGACCCCCCUUCAUUCCUGAGUGUGCCGUUUUCCGUGAUGAGGAGCUGAUCAGCCCUGACAAUGACCAGAGGGCGAACAGGACGUUGUUUUUGGGCAACCUGGAUGCCAGCUUGACUGAAAAUGACCUGAGGCGGGCGUUCGAAAGGUUUGGAGUGAUCACAGAGGUGAACAUAAAGCGAACUGUCAGAGGACAGAGCAACACCUUUGGGUUCAUGAAGUUCGAGAACCUUGACAUGGCUCAUCGUGCCAAGCUAGCCAUGUCAGGGAAAGUGAUGGGUCACAGUCCGAUUAAAAUCGGAUAUGGUAAGCCCACACCCACAACCAGGCUGUGGGUAGGUGGUCUCGGCCCGUGGGUUCCACUGGCUGCACUGGCUAAAGAGUUUGACCGCUUUGGCACCAUCAGGACUAUAGACUACAAGAAAGGAGACUCGUGGGCUUACAUCCAGUAUGAAAGCAUGGACGCUGCUCAGGCUGCAUGCACCCACAUGAGAGGUUUCCCCCUGGGUGGCCCUGACAGAAAACUCAGAGUGGACUUUGCGGACACGGACCAUCGCCACCAGCAGCAGCAGUAUGUGCAGCUUCCUCUCCCCCUGCCACACUAUGUCCUGGUCCCGGAGCCUUUUUCUCACCACCUCAACGAGCCAGUGAGAAUGCGAGAGCGCUCCCCUCCGCUUCCUGCUCGCUUUAGAGACCGAGAUCUUUACGGCUCUUCCAAGUGGUCAGGCCUGAAUGUCCACGACAGGAUGCGAGGAGUAGGCUUUGACCCAGUGGAUCGUCUGGAGAGGCGUACCAGAAAGACUUGGUCCAUGGAGCAGGAGCUGCAGGGCAGAGAUCCAGGUCGCAAAAAGAGACCUUUAGAUGAUGGGUGGCGACUGGAGCGUUCACCUGACACCGUCAACUAUGGUCUGCCCCGUCAUGGCAACUCAUUAGAGCGCAGCCCUGGAGGUGGCAGCAGAGAUGGAGGGCGCUGCAGCGACCCUGAACGUCUGCCUCGCUCUGACAGAACUUCCCCAGUCAGAGAGCGGCCAAACAACAAGGACGCCGGCUCUGCUGACAAAAAACGAAGAGCGCAUAGCCCGUCUGAGCCGAGCUCCAGCAUGGACAGAGACCGGAAACAGAAAGCCAGUGACUCUUCCAAAAGCCCAGCGAAAAAGGAGCAACGCUCUGAAAAUCCAACCUCCAGCUCGUCUCCAUCCAAGUCCGACAAGCAGCUUGAGCCCAUCGCCAACGGGCAGAAGCUGAGUCAAGCCUGGCAGGGAGUCCUCCUGCUCAAGAACAGCAGCUUCCCAACCUCCCUGCAUCUGCUGGACGGAGACAUGAGGAUGGCAACCAGCCUGCUGGUGGACAGCUCCACGGGGGCAAACGUGUCCCAGUUGAAGAUCAGCCAGCGCCUGCGCCUGGACCAGCCCAAGCUGGAGGAAGUGGCUCGCCGCAUCAAGGCCGCCAGCUCUAGCAAAUUUGCGGUUCUCUUGGCCGUCCCUGGAAAAUCGGAGGACGACGGAGGGCAGGACGCCAGCAGCUCCACGGAGAGGCCGCUGAAGAACCUGGUUUCCUAUCUGAAGCAGAAGGAAGCAGCCGGCAUCAUCAGCCUCCCUGUCGGGGGCAGCCGCGACAAAGACCACGGAGGAGUUCUGCACGCUUUUCCACCGUGCGAGUUCUCCCAGCAGUUUGUGGAUGCUUCUGCCAAAGCUUUUGCCAAAUCAGAGGAAGACUACCUGGUGAUGGUCAUAAUUAAAGGAGGCUCAUAAAAAAGUGCAAAUUAAACUUAUUUUUUUUACUCUGUUGAAGGUAUAAAAACACAGGUGUUGAUAGUAAAGCAGGAUUGAUUGAUGAUUUGAAGUUUUCUGACCUGUUAUUUCAUGCUGUGAAAUAUUUAUAGACAGUCAGAAUAAUGAAAGAUUUUGAUAAAUUGACUCUUCUUUAAUACGUGUGGCAUGAUGCCUUCUGCUGUUUGGGUAUGAGAUGAAUACAUAAAAGGUACUCUUCUGAAAGUAAUUAGGAGCGAGUUAGAUUUCAGUGAAUCAGUUGUUUGUUGCCUUAAUACAUUCAAAAAGAAACAGAUUCUUUUAUAUCCAGCUUAUUUUUAUUCGUUUCUGGGUUUAGACUCAUGUUUGACCAAAUAGCUUUAUCUGUUCUUUAUAACGCUUGUUCCAGAUAAUCAGAUGCAUCAGUAGCCUCUGAGGUGAAAGUCUGAAACUUCCUCUUCAAAUCUUAAACUUGUUUAACUGUGCCAGUUUCGAGCAGUGCUUAUUAUUAGAGCUACAAAAAAAAAUGUCCUUGUGUCUGGCCCGAAACAAUUUUUAUUGUGGGAAAUGAAAUGAAGGGAAGGAGUAAAGGUGACAUGAUUAAGAUUCCAUUGUGAGACACGUUCAGGUGUUCAGACGUCACAACAUGACAUGAAUGAUGUUUUUUUUAUAUAUAUAUAUA